AUGCCAUUGGUGCCUCCGUAGCCUCAAAUACAACCUCUUCCUUAGAUGGUUAUGCCUUUACCAAUUUAGCCUCCUAUCCCAGCUUAACCAAAAACUGAUUAGAACUUGCCUGUCUAGGUCAAGGGCACCAAGGUGAAGUUAAACCUCAAAAUGAUAAAGGACAUACCUUAAGAAGAGGACAGUGUACUGGAUUAUGACGAAAUCAAAAAGCAAAGUGGAGAUCGCCAAUUUAUCAAUUUAAAGAGAAAACGUAGACUUCUAGAUUAGUAAGAUGCGCCUUUAAUGUAAACACGCAGACGUAGCGAACAGUCCUAAUGUAAGAGAAUGGCUAAGCAAUUAGAUUUAGAGAUUAGAGAAAUGUUGAAUGUAGAUGACAAAGACAUGACACUUAUAAUGGAGGCUUAUCCUGACACAAAAUCCUUGCUCCAGGAAUUAAGGAAUGGCAAUUUAAAGUAAGAGAUAGAGGAUCUAUUACUCAAAUGA